UAGAUGUCGUUAUAUGAAAAGCAUUCCUUUAUACCAACAGGGAUAAACCCCCUGUUAAGAACGUCUAUGUUACCAACACAAAUGCACACAGCGCGUGUACCUCGAUCAUCAGCGCGAUGACUGAUCAGUCCUACCGUGACGUCGUGGCUUGGUAGAUCACCUACGUUAUCACAGAGCGUGGCGACGAGGAAAAACACGGAAAAACUGGUGAAAAACGGCGGAAAAUAAAUCGGAGUGUGGUGAAAUUGCGUGCGAACAACCGAAGCAGUACUACAAUGAUGAUAGAUCCGGAGAAUGUCAGCGUUACCGAUGGUAUUAUACAUCAAAAUGUGCAGUUUUUCAGUCCGGCAUCGUAUAACCUGCCGCAUUUUAAAUACAAACACCUGCCGGCAUCGGAGGUUAGAAAUGCGUGGAAUCAAUGGAUCAGAUGGUUCGAAAGUGUUAUGGAUGCAGCAAAUGUACUGGAUGGAGCAAGCCGAAAAGUCCAGCUUUUGGCCAUGGGUGGACUAGAGCUGCAGUCCGCUUAUUUUGGAUUACCCGGGGCUGAAGAUGAGCCAACAGACGUCGAUGUUGAUCCCUACAAAGCAGUUAAGGUAAAGCUUCAACAACACUUUUCACCCAAGCACCAUGAUAGCUUUGAGCGCUUUCUGUUUUGGUCCAUGGGUCCAGAAGAGAGUGAGUCCAUUGAGAAGUUUGCUUCGAGAGUGCAACAGAAGGCAGAGAAAAUUUCUUUCGGUAAAACCGAAAUGGAAAGUCGACACAUAGCCAUAAUUGAUAAAAUCAUACAAUACACCGCUGACGAUCUGCGGCAAAAAUUGUUGGAGAAGGAGAACCUCACUUUGGACGAUACAAUCAAGGUUGUGAACGCGUAUCAAACCGUCAGAUAUCAAUCGGCGAGAAUGGCUCCCAAGAGAGUAGAACACGCUGUUAAUCAUUUGAGCACUAGCCAUUCCGGAGUAGGACGAAAUCCCAGAUGUCAACGUUGCGGUUUCAACCAACAUCGUCAAGGGGAGCGGUGUCCAGCGGUGAACAAGACCUGCCUUCGCUGUGGGCGAGUAGGACAUUUUCGCACAGUUUGUCAUUCCACCCUUGCAUCUGAUGCGGUAAGUACAUGA